UUUCAAACAUAACCGACUGACAGAAAGUAUAAAACUCUUGUUUUCACAUCUAAAUUCUCAUUUUAAAAUAUUCUACCAUCUUCACACAAUGCCAGUAAAAAGACUUUUCAGUUCGUUAUCUGAAGAAGACAUCUCAACGAUAUUACCAACAUUUGGUAAACGUGCUUUUUCUGCCUCAGAAGAGAACACAGACACACCUUCCACUCCAGUACUACAGGACAGCUGGCUAUCUAUUGACAGUGACGACUCUGGUCUCGGCUUAGAUGAUGUUUUCGUCGACGACAAUUGUGUAAACAUACCCCCAACCAAACGACAGAAAACAGUUUGUGAUGCCAACAGUGUUUUAGCCGGUGACACCAAUUUGAUUGCAGAUGGUAGUAGCUGUUAUACUUUGCCAACAGUCCCUGGAAAGCAUAAAGACCUCAAGAGUAUUUCACCAGAAACAUUGACAGAUGUGUUAUGUGGUCGUUACAGUGAUGUCAUCAGCAGUUUUCGAGUCAUCGACUGUAGAUACCCUUACGAGUAUGAUGGUGGACAUAUCAAGUCAGCAGAAAACAGAUACCUCCACAGCAUGAUAGAGGAUCUUCUACACCAGACAUCUGUACAAGUCCUCAUCUUUCACUGUGAAUUCUCACAAGAAAGAGGUCCAGCAAUGUUACGACAUCUUCGCAGUAAAGAUCGUCAGAUGAACACCGAGAAUUACCCCGCAUUGAACUAUCCAGAAGUCUACCUUCUUGACAGUGGCUACAAGUCUUUCUUUGAAACAUCAUCUAAAUUGUGUGACCCUAUUGACUACAGGCCAAUGCUUCAUUCAGACUUUUCAGCAGACCUUCAUCACUUCCGUCGGGUAGCAGAUGUACGUCAUUUCCGUUCCAAGUCCAAAUCCUGGUCGUCAGGUGACAGAACAUCACGCUUAUCCAAAAAGGUUAUAUUCUAAAAUUUUGUUGUUAUAAGACGCUAUUUGUUAUGUUAUUGACUCUAAUCUGUGAUAUAUAUUGUUAUUGUUGAAAACACAAAG